GGCGGGCGGGCAGCUGCCCCGGAGCCGGGGUGCCUGCCGGCGCGGCCCGCGGGAUGCUGGCGGCGGGGGAUGCGGAGCCGGUCGCGGACUAAGAUGGGGGGCGGCCACUCCCACAGGGCGCCGGUCUUCGACGAGAACGAGGACGUUAACUUUGACCACUUUCAAAUAUUGCGGGCCAUUGGGAAAGGGAGCUUUGGAAAGGUGUGCAUUGUACAGAAGAGAGACACCAAGAAAAUGUAUGCCAUGAAAUAUAUGAAUAAACAGAAGUGCAUCGAGAGAGAUGAAGUUCGAAAUGUCUUUCGGGAGCUACAGAUAAUGCAAGGCCUGGAGCAUCCCUUCCUAGUCAAUCUAUGGUAUUCCUUUCAAGAUGAAGAAGACAUGUUCAUGGUGGUGGAUCUCUUACUUGGAGGCGAUCUGCGUUACCACUUGCAACAGAACGUCCACUUCAAUGAAGGAACUGUUAAGUUGUACAUUUGUGAGCUGGCACUCUCCUUGGAUUAUUUGCAGAGAUACCACAUCAUUCACAGGGACAUCAAACCUGACAACAUACUACUGGAUGAGCAUGGACAUGUUCAUAUCACUGACUUUAACAUAGCAACCAUAGUGAAAGGCUCAGAAAAAGCUUCAUCUAUGGCUGGCACAAAACCCUAUAUGGCUCCAGAAGUGUUCCAGGCCUUUAUGGAUGGAGGUCCAGGAUACUCGUACCCGGUAGACUGGUGGUCGCUAGGAAUUACAGCGUAUGAAUUACUGAGGGGUUGGAGGCCCUAUGAAAUUCAUUCAGCCACUCCCAUCGAUGAGAUACUCAACAUGUUCAAGAUAGAAAGAGUUCACUACUCAUCUGCGUGGUGCAAGGGCAUGAUAGCACUACUGAAAAAGCUCCUCACUAAGGACCCAGAGUGCCGUCUUUCAAGCCUUGCAGAUAUCCAAAGCUCUCCAUACCUAGCUGAUGUCAACUGGGAUGCUGUUCUAGAGAAAUCUGUGACCCCAGGCUUUGUUCCUAAUAAAGGAAGACUGAACUGUGAUCCUACCUUUGAACUUGAAGAAAUGAUUUUGGAGUCCAAGCCUCUCCACAAAAAGAAAAAGCGACUUGCCAAAAACAAAUCCAAAGAGGGAACUAAGGAAACUUGCCCACUGAAUGUACACCUGCAGCAGUGCUUGGAAACUGUGAGGAAAGAAUUCAUCAUAUUCAACAGAGAGAAAUUGAGAAGACAGCAGGAUGAAAGUGGACACACUUCCAGCAUGGACAGCAGAGCAUCCCUUCAGAGCCACGAGAAACUCCAGGAUGGACGCAACAACAAUUUACUGGGACACGGCUGCACAAGAGGCUGCAGCAGCUAGUGAGCUGCUGCCCCACACAUACUUCCACCCCAGCAGGGUGAGGGAGGUCGUCUUUGUGCAUGCCUUCCUCUUCUCUCCAUGGAUCCCAAGACAUCUGACUCCUGCAAAAGCAGGAUCCCCAGCCAAGGACAAACCCACAGAGCACAUUGACUGAGACUCUCCAUGUAAGACCCUGCACUCUUCUUUUGACUCUGCCACUGGAAAAAGUGACCAUCAGCAACAAAAUAUUCUUUUAUAAGUAAGGGUGACUUUCCUUUUCAAAAUCCUGGAAGAAAACUUGAACCAAUUCAUUAGGCAGCCUCUCAAAGAUUGCCAUGUUUCUGGCUACAUGUAAGAGACAAAGUUCUUUCUGGACCAGCUUUUAUCAUGAAGUCUUUAUGUUAUCCUCUCUGUCUCUGUUCAUUACAAGGGUCCACUCUGGAAUUUUGUGAAACUGCUGGACACAGCGGUUUCUGAGCACCUGCUGUUGAGUUUAUAUGAGAUGUACAUGAUGUAAAUAUGUGACUGUAGUGUCAAAUAGGCCAAGCACUGAAUAAUUUCAUUUCAAUACCAGAAGCCCUUUGGAAAAGUUGCAACGUGAAUGUAAUCAGAUUGUUCUUUAACUUCAUGUAUUCUGCUAUGUAGUGAAAGAUGUGACCUCAGCCAAGUCAGUUUUGCUAGUGACUUUAGUGGAUGCAGGAUCAGGCCCAUUAGUAGUGUAUGAGAACCAUGACAAAGACCUUUUUAUUUUAACACUAGGCUGAGUCAGAGCUGAAAAGCAGCUUAGUGAGGAGAGCUAAAAACAUGAAGAAUUUGCUCAGAUCCAUAGUUAGGUGUUCUAAGAUGUGAAGAAGUUACCUGUGUCUGUUUUCAUUGACCUCUUCUGGAUGAGAACCACCUCGGAUAGAAAGAAAUAUUUUAUCCAGAGCAUUGCUGAC